UAUCAUUGUAAGGAACUUCACCUACCGAUUUGUUAAACAGUUAAAAGAAGAUUGAAGAGUCAUUUCAGUUUCUUCCAAAAAUGAAGAGGUCAACGGAUAUUCCUCCGCCGGCCUAUUCUGAAAAACCGUUUAAGCCCUAUAGAGACAAUCCAGAUGAUGAUGAAAACGACUAUACACCUUUUGAACCUCCUUCUCCUGCUUCCUUUACAGGCAAGAAGACUACCGAAGUUGCAAGUGUUUCACUUCAUGAACAUGAUAAAAUUCGAUUUACAAAUUUUCCACCUCCUCUCUUAAGCGGUGCUGUAAUCUUGAUUCAGCAAUAUUGGCCCCGCGGGAUUCGAAGCCAGCGGUCGUAUGGCCCUUCACACGAAAUCAAAUUGUCUGGAGCUCCUUGGCUUGCAGAGGGUUACAGUAUAAUUCAUGUUCAACGUACGGUCAAAGAACUCAUUGCUUAUAUGGUCAGUAAUGACUGGAAACUUUAUGUACUGUGCAACGUUUCAGAAAAAAUGGGCUCAUUAGACAGUUGGUUUUUUUUACAUGUCCCAGGUCUUGCAGCGUCUACGCUUACGCCCCAAAAAGAAUGGUCAGUCAUUACAUUCGAAAACUCAGAUCGUAUACGCAUUAUCGAUGGCUCACAGCAACUUAUUUCAAUCAUUCAUAGUGCCUGCCUACAGCAUUGGUAUCGUGGUAUGAAAUCAUUCCGUCUAUAUCGCGGUACUGUGCCAGAGUGUAAACUUCGUGGAUUUCCGUGGGCUGCCAAUGGUACCGAAACUAUGUAUGUUCGUCUCUUCGUAGCGAAGCUGAUUGAGCUCCUAGAAUCUUCCGGAUACUCUAUCGUUGGCACGCUCAAUAUAUUCCGAACAGAAGACUACUCAUUUCCUGAUUCCUGGGUCCUUUUGCAUCCCUAAAUACGCUUGAUCACAGGUCUUUGACUGCCCUUACAAUUUGCGAACUAUAAUAAUUCCAGUUUCGAGCGAUCCAUCCUUCGUUGGUCCAGCUCUUAAGGAAAACUAUAGUCUAAAAGAUUGUUUUUCUAAUCCCUUGGGACGCUAAGUAAAUUAUCCACCCUUUACUUUGCCUCUCUUUCUCUUCCGUAUAUAUAUAUAUAUAUAUAUAUAGUCUUAUUCGGCAAGCAUAUGACAUAUGAUUUGACGAAAGUAUUAUUCCUCCUUCAUGUCCCAGCUCUCUUUCAUUCUUUCAUAGAAAUGAAUUCGCUUUUCCGUCAGUGUCAACGUACAUAACUUCAUAAUUUUUCGUCCUCAAAAUCUAAGUUUCAACGUUCUGCUACUACUAGCCUACCGUUACAGUAAUACUUACGGAUGAUAAAUCUAAUUAAUAGUUACUACAAACAUAAUUUUAAUACUCAAAAUGAAAGUGUGAUGCUCUAAAA